GACCGUACGUCUUAGCCUGACGUGCACCUCUUAAAAAAACACUUUGCUACACGUCGCUCGGCCGUGGCUUGGUAGCGUUGCAUUUCCCCCUACUCAUUUCCUGCUUCUCCUUCACCAUGAACAACAUCAAAUCAAGCAGAAGUUUAACUUUUCUUUAACUUUUUCCGAGUUUCCCUGGGUCUUCGUGCGGGUCUCCCCGGUGUUUGGGUCGGCGAGGAAUGUGAGUGUCGGGUGUUUGAUUCGCUGACAGACAGAUUUAACUACGGUUCUGGUUCUGGGUUGUUCUGUCGCGUUGAACCCGAGAAAGCAUCCUACCGGGCCGACCCGGCAUCACCCGUCCAGUGAAGGUGUUUGGAGCCAAACGGAACCCACAGACCGGGCUAAAAUGCCGGGGAUGAGAGGACUAGUUAUCCUUUUCUACCUUCACACAUGCCGGGCCUUCCCCUACAAGCUGCCAGCCCUCAGCACCGAGCCGCCUGGUCAGUUCACCGACCCGCUGCUGGACUACGACCGGUUGGAUGAGGAGCUGGGAGGUGGUGGGGGGCGGAACGGGACCGGCGGAGCUGCGGGCUGCGGGGUGUGUGAGCCGGACCUGUGCCCAGAGACCAGGGGUUGCAGGGCCGGCCUGGUGAAGGACUCCUGCGGCUGUUGCAAGGAGUGCGGAAACAUGGAGGGUCAAGCCUGCGACCCGGGGGACCGUAGCAUUUUCUACGGACUCUGCGGGACCGGGCUGCGGUGCCAGGCAGACCCGCUGCCCGCAGAAGAUGAGGAUGAAGUGGAGGAGGUGUGUGUGUGCGAGGAGCAGGAGGCGGUGUGUGGCACAGAUGGAGUGACAUACAUGAACAUGUGUCAGUUCAGAGAGGCCGCUUUCUCCAAACCAGGGCUCAAGACCAGAGGAAGGGGACCCUGCAAAACCGUACCCAUCAUUAAGGUCCCCCCUCACAGCCAGGUGAAUGGGACAGGAAGCAGUCUGGUUUUCCUCUGUGAGGUCUUUGCAUUCCCGAUGGCUCUGGUCGAGUGGAGGAAGGAGGGCCGAGACGUCGUCCUGCCCGGAGACGACCCCCACAUCUCAGUCCAGUCUCGGGGCGGUCCUCUGAAAUUCGAGCUCUCCAGUUGGCUGCAGAUUGAGGGGGCGGGGCCAGAGGACUCAGGAACCUAUCGCUGUGUUGCUCGUAACAACAUGGGGUCAGUGUCGGCCUCUGCUGUGCUGGGAGUACUGGGAGCAGCGGAGCUGUCUUCCUACCUGGCCAACAGUGUGUCCGAGAUGAAGCAGCUGAUGGACGCCUCAGACUAUGACCAGGACUUUUACUGACCAAGGUUGUGAUGUCACUUUCUUCAACUAUUUGUCUUUUCUUCAGAAAUUACCUUAAACUCAUCAUCGCACACACUGGUGGACACAUGAGACGCUCUGUCAGGACAGAUGAUCAGACUGCUUCAGGCCAGUUUGUUUCCAGCAAUAUACUAACAUAUUGAAAUGUGGAUCAUUAUAUCAUUAUUAUUAUUAUAAUUAUUAUUAUUUUUACUAUUAUCUCAGUGUGUCCCAACAUUACUCAUAUGUAACAGCGGGUGUUGACACGGUGUUUCAGCAUGUUGAACGUGUUGUUGAUGUUGCAGGGUCGAGCCCAAGUCUCCUGUUGGCUCCGUCACUGUGAAACUAACUUUAUCCCAUAAAUAAAUGUAAA